AUGAAGUUGACCAUUUUACUUCGAAUCAAUUUUGCCGUAUUUUUAAAAAUCUAUACGAGUUUAUCUUUGUUUCUUGCAAAUAUUUCUAGUGGGGGUCAAAAGCGGAGGGUGUCCUUGGCCGUGGUCAUGAUCCACAAUCCUGCCCUGCUCAUACUUGACGGUCGGUUUCUCGGCGAGGACGCACCGUCCGCCUUCCUCACCCUCUACAACUGCCCUUCUCUCGAGGAGGUCGCCCUCCAGCUGUGUCGACUGGACGAGAACCACGCCCCAAUUUCGACCACACUACAACCCGAUAUUACCGGAAGUUCUAGCAGCCCGAUAUUUCAGGAUGGGUGUGUCGUCAAGGCCAAGUUUUUUAGCAGAUUGUCAACCACCUUACAAGAUAACGUAGCCCUGUCGCCCAUGAAUGUCGAUACGAACCACAUCUCCAUCAUUCACACCCUCGUCGUCAAAGCUUGGCGGAGGCGGAAACGAGAUUGGGUUCCAGAUGUCAACGCAGCCGGUAGCAUUUUAUGCGCCGACGCUGCCGAAAAAUCAUCCACAAUUGGCGACAAAUUGGUCAACCAUGUGGUCAGUACCACGUGGCUCAUUUUUGGCGAAUUUUGUGUGCCAGUCUGUGUCUUCCUCAUAUUUCAAAACGUUGCUGGUCGCGAACCUCGAACCCUGCCGGUCUCCUUAGUCACGAACGAUGUCAAUUUAUCCAAUAAUUCACACCUCUUUAAACACUGCUCACAAAACGUAACGAACCAAACUUCUUCCAAAUGUUUGGAAAAUUCAGGGAUUUGUAAUUUUUUGGAAAACUUUGAAAACAAUGAAUUCGAUUGGAUCACUACGUCGACGUAUCAGGAAGGGUAUGAGAGCAUCCAGAAUGGAAAAACCAUCGCCCUCCUCGCCUUCCCAGGAAACUUUGGGCAUCAUAUGAAGGACAGAAUCGUCCAAAGAAAUUUUGCAGACAGCGGGACCAUCGACGGCUCCACGAUAACGAUCGCUCUGGACGAAUCAAGUAUGAUUGAAUUAUCUAUGUAA